AUGAAAAUAGAAAACGACACACGGGCCUCCCUGAGGACCCUAUCAAGGGAUCAGCUGGCGGGUACCCUGAGGUCCCUAUACACCGCAAAGGAGGGUCUCCUUGAGCUGCUGGCAGAGGUAUCCGAUGAAAAGGAGACACUUGUGCAGCAAAGGAGACAGCUGCGGGGCGAGGAGAGUCGGCUACAGCAGGAGAUCGAGAGAGUCGGCUACAGCAGGAGAUCGAGUCUCCUUCAGCUGCUGGCAGAGGUAUCCGAUGAAAAGGAGACACUUGUGCAGCAAAGGAGACAGCUGCGGGGCGAGGAGAGUCGGCUACAGCAGGAGAUCGAGCGGGCAGCGAGCGGCCUCAGUCUAUUUCAAGCCGUCCUAAUGGACUUCGGCGUCUCUACAUUUAAGGGUUUCUACCCUCGCAGCAGCCGCAGCAACAGCAGCAGCAGCAGCAGCAGCAACAGCAGCGGCAACAGCAGCAGCAAACAGGGGGGCCCCCAAUCCGAUACCCAAACCGGCCCCCAAGGAGAGCCACGGAGACAGUCAUACCCCUCUGUCUCCUCUUUCAAAGAAACAAACCCUCCUGCUGCUGCUUCUGCUGCUGCUGCUGCUGCACCUGCUGCUGCUGCAGCUGCUGCUGCAGCUGAGCGUGAGUCUGAAAGGGUACCGGGGGCCUUCCGCCGCGCAGGGGCCCCCCAAGGAGUUAUAACAAACCCCCAGGGGGGCCCCUCCUGGGGGCCCCCUGGGGGCCCCCCCUCUGAGGGGAGAGGUACCCUGGGGGCCCCCCGCACAGGCGCUGUGUAUAGCAGCAGCAACUUGUUAUCUAUGGGGCCCCUCGGGGGCCCCCCCGCUCUGCAUAGCCGCCAAAGGGUACACUUGGGGGCCCCCAAGGAGGAGGAGACAGAGGAGACACCGCAAGAGACUCAGAGCAGCAGCAGCUGUGAAAUACCUGCUGCUGCUGCACCUGCUGCGGCUGCUGCUGCACCUGAUGCUGCUGCUGCAGCACCUGGUGCUGCUGCACCGGCUGCUGCCGGUGGUGCUGAUUCUGCAGCUGCCAACGAUGCUGCUGCUGCUACUGCCUGCUUGAACAGCAGCAGCAACAGCAGCAGCAGCAACAGCAGCAGCAGCGGCAGCACCAGCAGCAAAAGCAACUUUGCAUGUUUACCUCCGCUAGAACUCUCUACAGGGGACAAAGGAGACACCAGCAGCAGCAGCAGCAACAGCAGCAGCAGCAACAGCAGCAGCAGCAACAGCAGCAGCAGAAAAACUCAGGGCAGCAACACCAGCAGCACUACGUCCCACAGCAGCAGCAACAAGAGCAGCAGCAGCAGCAGCAGCAACAGCAGCAGCAGCAGCAGCAGGAUGCAGGAAGAGUGGAGAUGCAGGAGCCGUCUGCUGGCGCUGCAGAUAAACGAUGCUCUGGGCGUUGAAGCUCCCUCAGGGGUAUUUGCUGCUGCUGCUGCUGCUGCUGCUGCUGCAGCAGCAGCAGCAGCAGCAGCAGAUGAAUCUGCAGCAACAACUGAAGAAGAAAACGAAACAGAGGGAGAACUGCAGAGCAGUGCUACUCCUGGUAUCACUCCUGCUGCUGCACCUGCUGCUGCUGCUGCUGCUGCUGCUGCUGCUGCUGCUGUUCAAAACUCAGGGCAGCAACACCAGCAGCACUACGUCCCACAGCAGCAGCAACAAGAGCAGAAAAACUCAGGGCAGCAACACCAGCAGCACUACGUCCCACAGCAGCAGCAACAAGAGCAGCAGCAGGCUCAGGCGAUGCAGGCCCUGAAGCACCCAAAGAAAGCAGCAGCAGGAGCAGCAGCAGCACCAGCUGCUGCUGCCGCUCCCGGGGGCCCCCCUGCUCUGGAGGGGCCCCCAGGUGGUGAGGGGGGCCCCCCCACGGCAGCGCCAGACGAGGGGCCCCCUGCUGCUGCAGAGGAGACAGCAGAGCAUCUGCUGCUGGGGGCCCCUACAAGGAGUGCAGCAGCAGCUCAGGGGGGCCCCGAAGCCGCUGCAGCAGGAAAGGAGGCGCCUACAGGCAUGGCCAGCAGCAGCAGCAGCAACAGCAGCAGCAACAGCAACAGCAGCAGCAACAGCAGCAGCAGCAGCAACAGCAGCAGCAGCAGCAGUCAGGACAGCACAAGCUGCAGCGGAAUACCCGCAGAAAGGUGCAGCAACGAGAGCAGCAGCCAUACAGAUGGCAGCAGCAGCAGGAGCAGCAGCAGCAGCAGCAGCAAACGGAAAGCUGCAGCAGAGCCCCUGACCCUUGCAGACCAGUUCAGCACCAGCAGGAUAGGCAGCAGCAGCAGCAGCAGCAGCAGCAGCAGCAGAAGCAGCAGCAGCAGCAAACGAGCAGAUACUGCAUUACCCCUUCCUUGGGAGGGAACCCCACAAAGAAGCAGCAGGCAGCCACCAGCUGCUGCAGCAGCAACUGCAGCAGCAGCAACUGGUGCAGCAGCAACUGCAGCAGCAGGUGUUCCAGCAGCAGAAGUUGCUGCUGCUUCUGUAAAUGCUGUUUCAGCAGCUGCUGCAGCAGCUGCAGCAGCAGAACCAGCUGCUGCUGCUGCUGCUUCGCUUGCUGCUGCAGCACAGAAGCGUCAGAGCUGUCUAGAGGGGCCCCCCUCCUCUGUGCGGCUGUCGAGGGGCCCCCAGGAGCAGCAAGGGGGGCCCCCGCUGUACCCAAGGCAAGAGGGGGGCCCCCCAAAGACCCUCUGGGGGGUGCAGUCACCGCGGCUGCAGCCGCCCGCUCCCGCAGCAGCUGCAGCAGCAACUGCAGCAGCAACACCCCUUCCUUGGGAGGGAACCCCACAAAGAAGCAGCAGGCAGCCACCAGCUGCUGCAGCAGCAACUGCUGCAGCAGCAACUGGUGCAGCAGCAACUGCUGCAGCAGCAACUGCAGCAGCAGGUGAGGGGGGCCCCCCAGGGGCCCCUCGAGCUGCAGGCGUGUGUGUUGAACUGCAGCCACAGCAGCAGAGCUGUCUAGAGGGGCCCCCCUCCUCUGUGCGGCUGUCGAGGGGCCCCCAGGAGCAGCAAGGGGGCCCCCCGCUGUACCCAAGGCAAGAGGGGGGGCCCCCAAAGACCCUCUGGGGGGUGCAGUCACCGCGGCUGCAGCCGCCUGCUCCCGCAGCAACUGCAGCAGCAACUGCAGCAGCAACGGCAGCAGCAGCAGCAACAAACAAGCUGCCUGCUGCUGCAGGGGGGCCCCAAAUGGAGGUUUCUGUUAGCUCGACUCCUACGGGGGCCCUUCAGGUGUAUUGGCAGCAACAGCAGCAGCAACACCAGCAGCAGCAGCAGCGGGAGCAGGCAGCAGCAGUUGCUGCUGCACUCAAGGAGCAGCCCUCUGCUCAUCACCCCUCCCUGCAGCAGCGGGGAGUAUCACAUAACCUUGCUGGUCAGACCCCUGCCGCAGCAGCAGCAACAGCAGCAACAAGCAGCAGCAGCAGCAGCAGCAGCAGCGGGAGCAGGCAGCAGCAGUUGCUGCUGCACUCAAGGAGCAGCCCUCUCCUCAUAACCCCUCCUUGCAGCAGCGGGGAGUACCACAUAACCUUGCUGGUCAGACCCCUGCCGCAGCAGCAGCAACAGCAGCAACAGCAGCAGCAGCAGCAGCAGCAGCAGCAGCAGCAGAUGAGCUACGCAGCAACCCACCAACGCCCCAUAUGCGGGGUGUCUGUACAGCUCGUCCUCGACCGCAGCAAAAUACAGAGCCAGCGAAUUCGUACCCUCUCCAUCAGCCGUCUCUCUAUCAGGGGGCCCCCCACACCCAGGGGGCCCCCCACACCCUGGGGGCCCCCCACACCCAGGGGGGCCCCCACACCCAGGGGGCCCCCAAAAGAUACAAACCCUGGGGGGCCUUGGGGGCCCCCUCCACUCACAAUCAACACCAGAGAGGGAGAGAAGAUAGGGGCCCCCACACAACCGCCACGCAGAAACGAUGAUGGGACCCGGGCAUCGGAGCAGCAGCAGCAGCAGCAGCAGCAGCAACAGCAACAGCAACAGUGGCAGCAGCGGCAACCACAGCAGCAACGGCAGCAGCAGCAGCAACAGCAAGAGCGGCAGCAGCAGCAAUCACAGCAGCAGCAACGACAACAGCAGCAGCCACAGCAGCAAAUGCAGCAGCAGCAGCAACAACAGCAACAGCAACAGCAACAGCAGCAGCAGCAACAGCAACAAGAACAACCGCAGAGCAGGCAGCCCCUUACUCUGGGGGCCCCCCAGGAAGGUGCUGCAAGUGUAGGGGCCCCUGGGGGCCCCCCGGGCCCCACACCCGCCGCUAGCAGCAGACAGAUGCAGGCUGAUGCUGCAGCAGCAGCAGCAGCAGCAGCAAAGGAAGCUGCAGCAACCCCUGGGAGAUCUCCCGUUGCUGCCUCAGGAGGAAGGACGCCGAGGUCUGCUGCUGCUGUUGCUGCUGCUGCACUGGACGCAGCAGCACCGGGCUCUGCAGCAGCAGCAACAGCAGCAGCAACAGCAGCAGCAGCAGCAGCAGCAGCAGCAGCGCCUGCCACCCCUAGAUCAGCAGCAGCAGCAGCAAUAGCCCUAGCAGCAGCACUAUCUCCGCGCUCAGCAGCAGCAACAACAAAAGCAGCAGCAAAAGCAGCAGAAAUGAUGGGGGCCCCCGUACCCUCUCCCCAGUCUGUGUUGCCUGCUGGAUCAGGGGCCCCCUUAUCGGCCCCCUUAAGGGUCUCGCGCCCCCAAGGGGCCCCCCUGGGGGCCCCUCAGGGGGCCCCCCUUGGGGUCCCCCCUGGCACAAAGGGGCCCCCCCCUAUUCAACUAACACGCACACAUCUACGGCAGAUGAUACAGACACCGACGGGGGAGCCACUGGGGGCCCCCAGGGGCCCCAUGGGGGCCCCCCUACAAGAGGGUACCCGUGCACCCCGGCAGCAGCAGCAGCUGCAGCAGCAGCAGCAGCAGCAGCAGCAGCGUAGGGGCCCCUGCUGGGUCUCUGCAGCAUCCGGGGUCGCACAGUGGGCCCCCCUCCAGUGCUGCAGUGCAGCAGCAGCUACAGCAGCAGCAGCAACUACAGCAGCAGCAGCACCUGUGGCAGCUGCAGCAGCAAUACUUGAUGCAACGCUGGCAGCAGCAGCAGCUGCUGCAACACCAGCAGCAGCAGCUGCAGCAGCAGCAGCUGCAGCAGCAGCAGCUGGGCUGCAGCAGCAAUACUUGAUGCAACGCUGGCAGCAGCAGCAGUUGCUGCAACACCAGCAGCAGCAGCAGCAGCUGCAGCAGCAGCUGCAGCAGCAGCAGCUGCAGCAGGCUGCGUAUACACCCAGAGGGGCCUGCCUUCGUACCCCUUCUCUGCUCUAUGGGGCCCCCCCUCAGCAUACACCCCGAGCUGUCUGUCUGAGUGGGGAGGGGGGCCCCCCCAGUCAGCCACUACUAACUCCUUCGCAGCAGCAGCAGCAGCAGCAGCAGCAGCAGCAUUACUGGCAGCAGCAGCAGCAACAACACCAUUACCUGCAGCAGCAGCAGCAGCUGCUGCUGCAGAUGCGCCAGCAACAGCAGAGGGAGGCAGCAAAUGCCAUGCAGCAGCAGCAGCAGCAGCAGCAGCAGCAGCAGCAGCAGCAGCAGCAACAGCAGCAACAACAGCAACAACCUUCACCGCAGCAGGAACGGGAUCAUCACCAGCAGCAGCAACGCCUACCGCAGCAGCAACACCCACCGCAGCAGCAGCAGCAGCAACAGCAGCAACAGCAGCAGCAGCAGCAGCAGCAGCAGCAGCAGCACACUUCCCCUCUGCGUCGAGUGAGGGGUUUGGAUCCUCCUCCCCACGAGCAGCAGCUAACCCAGUGGGUUCAUCUCUCAGCUGAACAGAAAAAAGAGAGGGGCCCCCAAGAGGGCUCCCUGAAGACGCAAGCCAAGUAA